GUUGGCAGCACGCGCAGGGAAACGCGGGAUUGGUUAAAAUAUUGAGGUUUAAAUAUUGAAAUCCGUUGCAUGUCUCCCGCAUGACAAAAACAGGAAAAUUUGUAUUUCGGGAGGAAAGUCGGCGUUGAAUGUAAUUUUUUUCGUGGAACGUGCGAGCAACGUGAGCGUGCAUCAUUUUUCGCAGUAUACCGCGUAAUCCGGGGGGAGAAGGUAGUGCAAAAUGUCAAAAGACGAGAAAGAGUGCGUUAUUCCUGAUGUGAUAUACGACGUAGGCUCGGGCAAAAGUUAUAUCAGAGGACGAUUUUUCGGGAAAGGUGGUUUUGCAAAAUGUUACGAAAUCAGAGAGUCAGAGACACACCGUGUAUACGCUGGGAAGAUCGUGCCAAAAUCACAAAUCACAAAGAGCAAUCACAGAGAGAAAAUGACACAAGAGAUUUCCAUUCAUCAAACACUGAACCAUAAAAACAUUGUAGGUUUUUAUGGUUUUUUUGACGAUCCUCAGAAUGUAUAUAUAAUUUUGGAGUUGUGCAGGAAAAGGUCAAUGAUGGAAUUGCAUAAACGUAGAAAAGCGUUAACAGAGUGCGAGACUAGAUAUUACAUGAAACAAAUUUUAGAUGGUGUGAACUACCUGCACCAGAAUAAGAUAAUUCACAGAGAUCUAAAAUUAGGUAAUUUAUUUCUAAGCGAUGAUCUGCAAGUUAAGAUUGGCGACUUUGGUUUGGCCACUAGACUAGAGCACGAAGGAGAACGUAAAAAAACGCUGUGUGGAACACCUAACUACAUAGCACCAGAAAUUUUAACUAAAGCUGGACAUUCUUAUGAAGUUGACAUAUGGAGUAUUGGAUGCAUUAUGUAUACUUUACUUGUGGGGAAACCUCCGUUUGAAACGUCAAGUUUAAGGGAAACCUAUGCCAGAAUAAAGCAAGUUCAGUAUAAAAUACCUGCAAGUAUUAAUACAGUCGCGAUUGACAUGAUUUCUAAUAUGCUGCAAGGAAAUCCAUCCAAACGUCCUUCCAUAACGAAGCUAAUAAAAGAUCCGUUUUUCACUUGUGGUUUUAUGCCACAUAGUUUACCGUUGUCAUGUUUAACAAUGGCACCUCGCUUAGAUAUGCUGGAAAUAUAUAAUCAGCGUAAGCCAUUGUCUGAGAUGAAUACAAAUGUAGGUGGAGAGGGGCAAAAUUUAGUAUCCCGUAAUAGUCCAGCGCGCAAGACAAAGCCUGCAGAUGCGAUAAGCGAAGUUCAAAAACUGAACCAUGACAUUAGAAAGAUGCUACAGACGUUGAGAGAACAGCUGAGUGCUGUGUUAAAGGCUAAACCAAAUAGAGAGGCAGCUUCAUUAACAGAUGAAAUGAGUGAUCCUGUUGCACAACCUGUAAUUUGGAUAAGCAAAUGGGUUGACUAUUCGGAUAAAUACGGAUUUGGGUACCAACUUUCUGAUGAUGGCGUGGGUGUAAUGUUCAACGAUGGCACCCGUUUAAUAAUGCUAGCUAAUUGUUUCAACAUUCAUUACAUAAAUCGCGAAGGAGACGAAUUGUAUUACACAGUCAAAGAGUAUCCCACUGAAUUAGAUAAGAAGAUGAGGUUAAUGAACUUCUUCUUGAAGUAUAUGAACGACCAUUUGAUGAAAGCUGGGAGUUCUGUUGCUGUAAAACCAUGCGAUGCUAUAUCUAGAAUACCUUACAUGCAUCAAUGGUUUAGAACACAGAGUGCUGUAGUUAUGCAGUUGACUAACGGAACAGUACAAAUUAAUUUCCUAGAUCAUACAAAAAUUAUUAUGUGCCCGCUGAUGGCAGCUGUUACCUAUAUAGACACCGAGAAAAAUUUCAAAACUUACAGAUUCCAAACUAUACAAGAAAACGGAUGUUGUAAAGGUUUGGCUAAAAAUUUAGCGUAUGCCUACGAGAAACUUCUAUUAAUGUUAUCAAAUCCUCAAACUCGAUAAUUAUAACUUGUGACCAACCGAUUUAGGAAAUGAACAAUUCUGAUACACAGUA